GAGAAGAGUGAAGAGAGAGAAGCACACACACACUGUAUGACCAUGUCAAAGCUCAUCCUCCUCCUCGUCCUGGCACCCCUUGGCAUGGCCGCCGCAAGCACGGAUUGUGGCCCGCCGUCGCUGCCGCUGAAUGCAUCUUUUGUCUGCAGAGAUAUAUUGGGGACGGACUUGGAAGAUCCCUGCAUCCGCAUGAUGACCUGGGGCGGCAUCGACAUGUCCGCGCCGGUGCCGCACGAGGAGGGGGCCAUCGAGUACGUGAUCCUCGCCGCCUGGUUCGCCGUGGAGUCCUUGGGCGUCACGCGGAUCACGGCGAGGAACCAGCGCAGCCAUAACGCCUCGCUCUCCGGGCACGAGAGGGAGGUCUACGAGGGUUGCGUCAAGGACUACGCGCUGGCGGGCAGCUCCAUGGCCCGCGUCGCCGCCGAUAUCCUGCCCAGCUGCCGCUUCGAUGGCCUCCGCGACGAGUACCUCCGCGUGCUAGUUAGCAUCGAUAGAUGUACGGAUCGGCUGCCGGCGAAGACGCCGUUGCACGCCAUGGUCGUGGCCGACCGGUUCAAAGCAUGGCUGGCGUACAGGGUUUCUGUCCUGAUCGGCCUAUGAGUGAGUACGUACGUGUGAUACAUCAAGAGAGCCAGUUCGUACACCAAGGAGCAAAUGCAUUGGAUACACCGCUACAUAGUACGUAGUACUGUAGUUUUACAUGCGUCAUGUAUGAUUGUUUAGUCCAACCGCUGCAUGGCUCUUUUUUUUAAUAAAGACAUCCAAAGGCAUCUUAGAUCU